UAAGUUAAAGGAAUCCACAUCUUUAAUGUGGAUGGCCUUUUUCUCUAUCCGAACUCAAAAGAAAAAUCAUGAUCCAAGUCCACAUCUAACAAAGGUCACCUUCCUCACGAGUGGAUGAGAGAGUAUUUUGUGUCAUUUUCUUGAAUUGGCUUCUGACAAUAACUGAGAGCCAUGGAGUCAUGUAAACAAGAAAAAGGAAGCACCCAUUCAUUGAUGCACCCACCUGCUGCAACACAAAACUGUAGCCUAAAUCCACCACCCUCCACCAACUCUAGUGGAGUCUCCAAAGGCUCGCAUGUAAUGGCCAGGAAAAAAGCAACCACAGCAGCUCAGCAGGCCGAGAACUGUCAGAAACCUUCCAACAACAGUGCCACUUGAGGCAGGAGCAACAACGCUGAACUAUUGCAACAUUUCUGUCAUGUGGUUGUUGGCUUCAGUUCCCCCUUUCCCCCUGUCAGUUCCAAUUCUGCUCUCUCUCUCUCUGUGCUCUCAUUUCACACACAGUGUCAGUCAGCAUAUGAGUAAGUGGAAGAAUGGCCCUGUCAAUGGGGACCAACUUAUCCUAGCAGCCACUUGUGUAGUGCCAUGAGGUCACUCGAGCGCAAUCUUUGAAAUGGAGUCCCUUGCAAGUGAUGCAGCUGGAAUGCUGAAAACAAUCAUAACCCACAAUUGGUGAACGGAAGGUAACCAUGGGAGCAGCAAUGAUGAGAUGGGAAUCCAAUCCAUAUAGUGUAGGGAAGGUGAUUUGACAAUGGGUCUCUUCUCAGGCAGGGGCAGUCACAGGGUAGCCUUGACAGCUCCCGCAAGACCCAGCAUGGCAAGGAACAUAGACCUGCACAGGAGGGGGAAACUUUGCAAGGAAAAAAACCAUAAAGACCGAAGCAGAAGUAAAACCUUUAUUUCACUUGCCAGCAUCAACGAAGACCAAUGAUAUCUUGGCCUUUCUUUUACCACACCUGCUCUCUUCUCCAUUUUCACCACCCCUUGCAUCAUGUAGAACAUUUGGGGAAGUAGGUAUCUUGGUUUUCACCUGCCAUCUUCUUCUUUAUGCUGUUGGCCCAACGCUCUUUCUCUCUCUCUCUCUCUCUCUCUCUCUCUCUCUUCUCUCUCCUUUCUUCAGUUCCAAAAGCUAUUUCAAGUUUCAACCGCAGACUGAUUCGCCAGUCAGUGGCAGAAUCCUUCUGAGGUCUCAUGGGAGCAUAGUUCCUCACUUGUUACCUCUCCUCUCUCUCCUCCAUCUCACCAUUCAAGGCCCCAAAAUUCCACCUUUCCCUCUUCUCCCACCUCCCUUUCAUGGAUCCCAAGGGCUCCUCCAAGCUUCACCAGGAGGGCCUUCCGCAGUCGGACAAAAGAGAACCCAUCACCUCCUCAUCGGCCGCAGCAGCAGCAGCAGAAAGCAGAGACCUUUUGCUUUCCGCAGCGGCUAAGGAUGAGCAAAGGAGGCAGCUUGCACCCAAGAGGAGCUCCAACAAGGACAGGCACACCAAGGUCGACGGCAGGGGAAGGAGGAUAAGGAUGCCUGCCCUUUGUGCCGCCAGGAUCUUUCAGCUCACCCGAGAAUUGGGCCACAAGUCCGAUGGGGAGACCAUCCAGUGGCUCCUCCAUCAAGCGGAGCCCUCCAUCAUCGCCGCCACCGGCACGGGCACCAUCCCCGCGUCAGCUCUCGCUGCCGCCGCCGCCGCCGCAUCCAUGUCCCUCCCGGGCGCCACCGCGCCCGCCGGCCUCCACCAGAAGCUCGACGAGUUGGGACAGGAGGCGGGAGCCGCCGCCAGGCCUGGCUGGGCCGUGACGGGGGCCGCUAACCUCGGAUGCUCCCAUCCUGGCCUGUGGCCGCCCCUGGUGGGUGGGUUCAACUCCGGAUUCUUGCAUGCCACCGCCACCGUUCCCUCGAGCUCGAAUCUUUCGGCCGGAGGCGGAGACUCGGUGAGCAGCUUCAUGCAGAGGAUCGGCUUGCAUGGGUUCGAAUUGACCGGCGGGAAUCCGGGAGCGGUGAGCUUUGCGUCGAUGUUGAGCGGGCAUGGCCAGCAGCUGCCAGGGCUGGAGCUCGGCCUCUCGCAGGAGGGGCAUAUCGGGGCGUUGAAUCCUCAGGCCUUGGGCCAAUUCUAUCUGCAGAUGGGUCAGGGAAGGGGAGGAGUUGGUGCUGGUGGAAGUGGGCAGUUCCAUCUUCUUCAUCAUCAUCAGCAUCAUCAUCAGCAGCAGCAGCAGCAGCAGCAACCGGCUGGAUCUGCAGAGAACGAUUCAGAGGGAUCAGAACAGUAGAAGGCAGAGAUUUGAAGGUGAAUUCAGUGAUCCAUGAGAAAAAAUUAGCAGUGUUGUGCCAAAGAGAGCAGCAAGAAAGAGACAGCCACAGGAUUCAGCCACUGAUGGCAUCUACCUGCUCCUCUUUCUCUGCAACUAUCAGCAAUCACAGCAUUCAGGUGGAUAUCACUGGAUCUGAAUCAGUUGGAAGGAGCUCAGCAAAUUUUAAGUAAUUAGAGGUGUGUAAAUAGUUGUUUUGGGCCUAUUCAACAUUUUUUUUGCUGUCAGGCACUGAUGGAGUUGUGAUUGGCUUGAUUUGUGACAAAUAAAUAUGGGUCUCCCAUAUAGUUGUGCAUGCUAUUGGUUCCUUCAGAUAUAUGUCUUACACUGCUUGCAGCA